AUGCUGGGCAAAAGGAAACGAGAAACCGCAGUUGUUUCUCGCUUGGCGGAAGAAGAGCAAGGCGACCCUCUGACCGUACCCCCGGACUCUCUCGAUGUGCUUCGACGGUAUUUCGAAGCUCGGUUUGAGCCCCUGGAGGAGCCACAGCGGGCGCCUUCAAACGCAAAAUCCGACAGCGAGAGCUCGGAUUCGGAAUGGAACGGCAUCCAAGAUGCCAGCGACGACGACGAGGCUGACGAGGCUUUGGAGGUGACACCGGAGGUAGUCGACCACAGCGCCUCCCACGAGUCAGGCAAAGAGGGGGACGAGAGGACGCUCCGAAAGAAGUUUAUGACAGCUCGGCCACCAGCACUAUCGCAACCGAAAAGUCAAAGCCAAGCGGCAGCAGCAGCUGCGGCUCCAGCAAUUGACGAGGGCGAGAUGAUCAGCGACGCUAUGAACGUGAAAAACGACAUGGCGCUACAACGCUUGCUGAGCGAAUCCCACCUUUUGGAAUCCGCCAGCGAUCUCGAUCCCACGGGCAAAACUCGGCAUCGCGCCAUCGACCUGCGGCUGCAGGCGGCCGGCGCCAGCGACUCGAUCUUCUCGCAGAAGAAGAUGCCCAUGGCCCACCGCAAAGGGAUGGCAGCCAAGGCGGCUAAGAAGGAGCAGACGCGCCGCGCCGAGGCGCGAGAGAAUGGUAUUGUUCUGGAGAAACCGACCACCGCCGCGAAGCGAACGGCUGCUGGCCGCAGCAAUAAUAACAAUAAGAAUAAUAAUGCAAAGCGAGAUCGAGGCAUCGGCGGCCCUGCGCUCGGAAAAUUCGCCGGCGGCACAUUGAGGCUUAGCAAGCGGGAUGUGCUUGAGAUUCAGGGGUCAGGGCGACGGGUGGUGGCAAAGGGCAAGAAGCACAAGAGGCACGGCCGGCGGGCGGUUUGA